AUGCUCUGUUGCGAGCUGAUGGAUGCUGGUCGCAACCCCCCAUCGUCAACUCACCAGCCUACCUGGCGCUGCAUAGGUUGUCGCCCAUCUCGCCUUUCUCUUGAGACCGAUAGGCCAGACCCAAAGAGCGGCCGUCUUUCAUUGACGGCUGUUGGGGCUGUUUUGGCCCGCUUCUGCCUGCCAGGCGUCCGUCCAUCUACACUUCCCCCAAGCGACGAGUCCGUCGACGUCGUUACCUUGCCCUUGGAAUAA